AUGGGCGGUGAGAAUGCGGAGUCUCCAGUCGCGGUCACAGAGGGAUGCCCAGCCUUUGCAGAUGGUUGCCCUUAUGGCAAGAACGUGGAAGUAGCAGACUGGAUCAAGGAGAAACGUGAGGACGCCCUUGAUGCAUGCCCUGCCUUCAAAGACGGGUGCCCCUUCGACGGUGCAGCAGACAUGGCGCAACUGCAGUCGAAGCUUGAGGGGCUGCCGCCGUCACACGGGAAGGCUUGA